CACACACACACACAAUGCUGUACUGUCCACCUUCAUUCCUCCAGUGCCUGCCUGCAGGACUGGGCCAGGCUAGGCCUGAGUGGGAGCCAGGAACUCGUUCCCAGUCACCGAUGUGGGUGGCAGGCACCCCCAUGUUUGAACCCUCACCACGAUCUCUCAGUCUGUUAGCAAGGCUGUGGCAUCAGGGCUGGAGCUGGGUACAGAACCCAGGUACUGAUGGGAGAAGCAUGGGCAUCCACCACCCGGUUAAGUGAACGCCAUGAGCACCUGCUUUCUUUCUACUUUACAUGUUUUGUUUAUCGUCACCUUUCUGGGAGAGGGAAUGUUGUUGGAUUGCACACUUGAGUUGUCUCAUUUUUUUGUGUCAUAGUUGUCUCCAUAGAGAACAUCUGACUUACACAUUUUUUCUGAAGAGCUUCAUAUUGCCAUUGUAAAUUAAGUAUUUAAAUCGUAAGUUUAUGAGUACCUUUUUAUACCUGAAAUUCCUGGUAGUGUGGGCGCUGGUCCUUCUGGCCGAUUUUGUCCUGGAGUUCAGAUUUGAGUACCUGUGGCCCUUCUGGCUCUUCAUCAGAAGCGUCUAUGACUCCUUCAGAUACCAGGGGCUGGCCUUCUCAGUAUUUUUUGUUUGUGUAGCGUUCACGUCAAAUAUAAUAUGUCUGCUGUUCAUCCCCAUACAGUGGCUCUUUUUUGCUGCUAGCACCUAUGUGUGGGUUCAGUAUGUAUGGCAUACAGAAAGGGGAGUGUGUUUGCCUACAGUAUCCCUUUGGAUUCUCUUUGUUUAUAUUGAAGCAGCAAUUAGAUUUAAAGAUCUCAAAAAUUUUCAUGUUGACCUUUGUCGUCCAUUUGCUGCUCACUGUAUUGGGUACCCCGUGGUGACUUUGGGCUUUGGCUUCAAAAGUUAUGUCAGCUACAAAAUGAGAUUAAGGAAGCAAAAGGAAGUGCAGAAAGAGAACGAAUUUUACAUGCAGCUUCUCCAACAAGCCCUCCCUCCAGAGCAACAAAUGCUGCAGAAGCAGGAGAAGGAGGCCGAGGAAGCAGCCAAAGGGUUACCUGAUAUGGACUCCUCAAUCCUCAUACACCACAACGGAGGUAUCCCAGCCAACAAAAAGCUCUCCACAACUUUGCCAGAGAUAGAGUACCGAGAAAAAGGGAAAGAAAAGGACAAGGAUGCCAAAAAACACAACCUUGGGAUAAACAACAACAAUAUUCUACAGCCUGUAGACUCUAAAAUACAAGAAAUCGAGUAUAUGGAAAAUCAUAUCAAUAGUAAAAGAUUAAAUAACGAUCUUGUGGGAAGUACAGAAAAUCUCUUGAAAGAGGACUCAUGCACUGCUUCCUCAAAAAACUACAAAAAUGCCAGUGGAGUUGUGAACUCCUCACCUCGAAGUCACAGCGCCACAAAUGGGAGUAUUCCUUCCUCGUCCAGUAAAAACGAGAAGAAGCAGAAAUGUACCAGCAAGAGCCCAAGUACACACAAGGACUUAAUGGAAAACUGUAUUCCUAAUAACCAGCUAAGCAAACCAGAUGCCCUGGUAAGGCUGGAACAAGACAUUAAAAAGUUAAAGGCUGACCUGCAAGCCAGCCGGCAAGUGGAACAGGAGCUGCGCAGUCAGAUCAGCUCCCUCUCAAGCACGGAACGAGGAAUUCGCUCUGAAAUGGGCCAGCUCCGGCAGGAGAACGAGCUGCUACAGAACAAGUUACAUAAUGCUGUGCAAAUGAAGCAGAAAGACAAGCAGAAUAUCAGCCAGUUGGAGAAAAAGCUAAAAGCUGAACAGGAAGCCCGAAGUUUUGUUGAAAAGCAGUUAAUGGAGGAGAAAAAAAGGAAGAAGCUAGAAGAAGCCACUGCUGCCCGGGCUGUUGCAUUUGCUGCUGCAUCUAGGGGAGAGUGCACCGAAACCUUACGGAGUCGCAUCCGAGAACUUGAAGCAGAGGGCAAGAAGCUCACGAUGGACAUGAAGGUGAAGGAAGACCAGAUCCGAGACCUAGAGCUCAAAGUUCAGGAGCUUCGAAAGUAUAAGGAAAAUGAGAAAGACACGGAGGUGUUAAUGUCCGCCCUCUCCGCCAUGCAAGACAAGACACAACACCUGGAGAACAGCCUCAGCGCAGAGACGAGGAUCAAGCUGGACCUCUUCUCAGCACUGGGGGAUGCGAAGCGGCAGCUCGAGAUUGCCCAGGGACAAAUCCUUCAGAAAGACCAGGAAAUCAAGGACCUCAAGCAGAAGAUAGCAGAAGUCAUGGCCGUCAUGCCCAGCAUCACAUACAGUGCUGCCACCAGCCCCCUGAGCCCCGUCUCCCCCCACUACUCUUCCAAAUUUGUGGAGACCAGCCCCUCUGGACUUGACCCCAAUGCCUCUGUUUACCAGCCCCUAAAGAAAUGAAGGCCAUCUGUGUGUUUGGCCCCAUUUGGUUACUGGAAGGCAUUGCAAGGGAGUGUAUCUGGCAGUCAAGAUAAAACAAAAAAAAAAAAAAAAAGAAAAGAAAAAAACAAACAAAAAAACAAGUUUAUAUUGUAUUUUGUGGGACUCUGUAUGUUGUCGUUUUUCAAAAGGGGGGGGAGUUAACACCCAGGUCUGACCCGAGCUACAUCAGUUUUCUUGUAAAUUUUUAGAAGACCUCACAGAACUUCGCAGUUUAUUUUUCUCGGCCAACACAUUAAAACCAUUCUUGGAUUUCAAGUGGCCAAUUUUGCCUUUUAUGUAUUCGUACACAUAGUUUCCUCUUGGAGAAAAAAAAAAAAAGCAAGUUUUUGCUUCUUAGCCCUUUGUUUUGUUUUGUUCUUAAAAAAAAAAAAACAAAGCAGCACCAUUGGAUUCACAUGGGAUAAUAAUGAAAAGUUAAGCUUUUAGAGUAAAAAGGAAAUAACCCAAGACAACUUUGAUUUCCUAGCCAUAUUAAAGAUGCUUGAUGUUACAGAAAACGAAACUGAUUGCUCCUCCUAGGACCUGUCCUUAAAGCUGAGGACAGCUGAGUGAGGAGACGGGCAGUAAGGAGGCCCGCUGGCGGGGUCAGGGCUGAGGGGUCUGUGUUCCCUGGCGGGGUCAGUCCUGGAGAGGCCAUCAGCUGUUGUCUUCAUGGGGCCUUGGGAAAAGACAUUUUAAGAGGAAACGUAAUCGUUUAGCCCAUUUCCCACCUCCCCAACUCUGUGCCAUCCUCCGUCUUAUUUCUAUCUGCCUAGCCGUGGAUGCUGCUGGGACCCUGGUGCGUACCUGAGCUGGCUCCCCAACAGCAGCUGCAUCUGGCGCCUCUAAGAGGCCCUGUGGCGCUCUGUGCUUGCUCUGAGGAAGCAUCCAGGUGCUGCUGGCUGCAGUGUGUGCAGACACUGACAAUGGCCGUGAAAACCGCGGUGUUAACUGUAUUUUCUCCACUUCUUAUCAUCUUGUGUUUGACGAUCUUAAAGAAGCUUGACAGUUCCUCAGCUCUUGUGCCAAGGAGAUUUUUGUUUUGUUUUGUUUGAUAAAAAAAAAAAAAAAACAAGCUCAAAGACGUGCACAGAAAGCUUGGUUUCAAAUGUGUAUUAUACAUGAGUAGAAAAGUGUUCACACAGCAACUUCCGGAAGUAUUGAAGAAUCAAGAAGGGGUCGGGGCAGAGGAAGGGGAGAGAGGACAAAGCAAAAUUGUAUUUGGAAGCUAGGAAAAAUUAAGAAGACAGAUUUGUCUUGCCUCCUUGUCAUGGGUCCUGGAAGGACAUGGUCCCUCUAAAUUUUCCUGCUAAUUGGCAUGUAUGUUUCAGUUAAAGCAAAUUAAGUAGAACCAGCGAGUCAGUAAAAACAAACAUUACAGAAAACCAUCCUUCCAAUUACAGAUCUGAUUUGGGGAUU